AUGGAUUAUUCCACACUUACCAAUGGAAUAUUGGCUACAUUGAAUGCCAGCCAGAAAGAUGCGGCUACGUGUCCAUCGUCUGGAGUACUUCAAAUCGUGGCCGGUCCUGGAACCGGAAAGACCAAGGUUUUGGUCUCGAGAGUCGCAUACCUACUACUUCACGAACAGAUUCUGCCCCACAACAUUAUUGUCACGACAUUCACCAAGAAAGCAGCCAACGAGAUGAUGGAGCGACUUCGAGAAAUGCUCAAAGGUACAGACAUUAUCGUUGGAAACCUCCUUAUAGGCACCUUCCACAGUAUAUGCUACAAAAUCAUCCAGAAGUUUGGUAAACGCAUAGGUAUAGAGAAUUACGCCAUUGCUGAUGAUAGAGACGCGCUGCAAAUUCUUAUAGACGUGUUGUUGAAACGUGUCAGUGACCCCGAAUGGGAUAUUAUUGAUCUGCUUCCAGAGGAACAGACGGUGCCAUUUAGAAGUAAAAACGAAAGUGAGAAGUAUAGAGGUUACGACAUGAAGAAAUUAAGAAAGAAAAUCUCGCAGUUGAAAGCCACAGGAAUCACCAUUGAGGAUGUGAAGAAGUCUUCCGAAAACCUGUUCGUUCAGAUCGUCUAUACCCAUUACCAGCAGAAUCUCCAGACCAACAAGCUUCUAGACUUUGACGACUGCUUACUUUACUGCUACAAGAUUGUAUCGAGAUUCCCGGUGUUAAGCCACAUUGAACAUACGCUAGUGGAUGAGUUCCAGGACACGAACGAGAUCCAGCUUCAGUUAAUGUAUGAAUUUGCCAAGGGCCAUUUAACCAUUCCUUCCCUUCAGCAUAAUGUGACUAUUGUUGGAGACCCAGACCAGAGCAUUUAUGCCUUCAGGCAUGCUCAAAGUGGUAAUUUCGACAAAAUGAGACAGCAUUACCUACAGAGCCACCAAAUUCAAGCCAAAAUCAUCUCCUUGACGGAGAAUUAUAGAUCAACCACCGAUAUUUUGCAGGUUUCAGAGAACAUCAUGCGACAGCAGACAGAUAGAAUGACAAAAAACCUCCGGUCUCAGUUGGAGACUUCAUUCAAGCCAAUGAGAGCCGACCUUGAAUCUUCGGACCAGGAAGGUCGGUGGAUAGCUUAUCAGAUCGACCAUUUGAAGAGGUUUCCGGAUGGAUUGUUUAACUACUCUGAUAUGGCAAUCUUGGUUAGAUCAGCAUAUCAGACACGAGUCAUUGAGACCGAGCUCACUAAAAAGAAAAUUCCUUAUUUCAUGGUUAGAGGAAAGGCAUUCUGGGAACGCAAGGAAGUGGCUGCUAUGGUAGACUACUUGCGAUGCGUGGCCAAUGAGAACGACCGUAUUGCGUUACUACGAAGCUCGAAUUUCCCUAAACGUGGAUUGGGCCCUAAGUCGGUGACCGAAUUGGAUAGUAUCAUCGAAAAACAGCAAGUUCAGAAUGUUCAAAACGUGAGUCCAAUCCUGGUAUUCAAAACUCUCAGAUUGGUUGCGGAAUCGAAAUUUACCUGCAAUUUAGGACCUAAAGUGAAGCAAAGUCUUGAAUCGUUUCUCGAUAUCAUCGAGGAAGCUAGAAAAGAAUUGAACGAGGUGUACCAGGGUGCUAAUAAUCAGGCAGCAAUGGAUCAAUUUUUCCUGAAUUUGUACGUAAAAUCGGGAAUUAAAAAAGAAUUCAGCGAAGAUGUCAACUGCGAUCUCAACAUAAUGGAAGUGAAGUCGCAACUUAUGGACUUUGAAAUGCCCCCAGAAACAGAAUUUGGAAACGUGACUGAUACAGUUGAUAUUGAAAAUCUUCAAGACCCCGCCUCAGAUGUCAUCAAAGUCCCAUCAGGGACGGAAUUCCUCCUGACCUUCCUUUCUCUGGUGACUCUCUUUGAUACGAACCCUGAUGCAAAGGAAGGAGACGAGAAUAAGCCAAAAGUGGCCAUUUCCACAAUCCAUGGUGCCAAAGGUCUUGAGUGGCCGGUGGUGUUUGUUCCUGGAGUCAGUGAAGGACUACUCCCAGCAAGUUUUGCCUCUGCAGACGAUAACAUUGAAUCGAUCAACGAAGAACGGCGAUGUUUCUACGUGGCUACAAGCAGGGCCAAAACGCUCUUAUACCUCUCUUCGUAUACCGAUGGAGGAAAUUGGGGACGUCGACCAAUUGAGCGGCCAUCCAGGUUUCUAGAUAGACUUGGGCAUAUGUUCAGUAAGAAUACGCCAAUUGACAGUGAAGAGAAGCUCGACAGGCUUUACGACAUGAUGGAGAGAAAUAAAACCGGCAAGUUCGACUUUGCAGCCAACCACAAAAGAUAUGAAAUGUGUAUGAAUUCUUUUGUGAGUGGACAAAUUGAGGAAACUCCCAGUGAUAUAGGAUUCACCAAAGUGGGAAAAAUGACCACGAGAGACGUCAUGGAGAGCACCAGGGACAGCUUGGAAGCCCCCUGGAAAAGCAGCAGAAAGACCGGCUUCCAAGGCACCUGCUUAUAUCCCAAUGAGACCAAUGACAGGGCCAGGCAAAUCUACUAA